UACAACCUAACCUAACCUUAAACAACAUAAGAACAUAACAUAUGAUCGAGAAUAUGAUUGAACUUUGGAACCAACAACGAUAAUGCGUUGGUAAAUGGUAAAAUAUUAUUUUUUAAGAAGUUAUUCAAAAUGUUGGUCCCGAGUAUAUUGACAAGAUGUAAAAUAAACUUGAAAAUAUUGAAUAAAAACCCUUCAGCAAUAAUAGGUGGUGCAAUCAGACGAUACAUUAAUGAUAAUGGGGAGAGUGUAGCAUUUGGGGAGAUUGUGAAACAAGUGACGAAAGCUAAACGUCCCGAAUAUGUUCCUUUAAAAUACUAUCGAGACGAUCUGUGCCAAACCAACCUGCACCACCUGAGAUGGAUGAUGCAAAAGGACGUUCUGGGGCAAGACGUCUUCCUGUUGGGUCCUCCGGGGCCGAAGAGGCGCCAUCUGGCGAUGCAGUAUGCAGAACUGACCAAUCGCGAACACGAGUACGUCGCGUUGAGCAGAGACACCACCGAAUCGGACCUCAAACAGAGGAGGGAGAUCGUCCGAGGCACUGCCAAAUAUUUCGAUCAAAGCGCCGUUAGAGCAGCCACAGAAGGACGUAUCCUCAUUCUAGAGGGCAUCGAAAAAGCUGAAAGAAAUGUUUUACCAGUGUUGAAUAAUCUCUUAGAAAAUAGAGAAAUGAACCUGGAAGAUGGGAGAUUAUUGAUACCAGCUUCUAGAUACGAUAAACUUCUGGAAGAACAUGGAGAAGAAGAAUUAACCAAAUGGAGACUCGUCAGGGUUGAUGAUAAUUUUAGAGUAAUAGCACUAGGUUUGCCAGUACCAAGAUAUCGAGGGAAUCCAUUAGAUCCGCCAUUGAGGUCUAGAUUUCAAGCGAGAGACGUCAGUAUUAAUACAUAUCAGGAAUGGCGAGCAGAACUGAACGAAUUAGCUCCGUCAGCCCCGAAAGAUAAAUUAGAAACCAUUCUUUCUUGCGCUUUCGCACUUCUCAGUAAAGAAAGUUUAGCGCUCGGUCUUCCAGAUUUUCCACUGGAGAAUCUAAAACUAGCAGCUUUGAUUCUGGAACAAAAUCCACACCUAACAGCUUACGAGAUACUAUACAGACUAUACCCGUAUAAAUUAUUCAUGAAGGACGGUACCAAAAACUUGGAAGACCUUUUGUCCAAAUUCAACGUAGCACCACCUCAAACACCAGAGAAUUCCAUGAAUGUAAACCAUAAAAGCAACAAUUCUUUUGAAAAUGAUGCCAACUCCUCUUACGUUGAAACUAAAUAUCAAAACGAACUACUGCAAAAUAUCCUUCAAACCGUUGAAAUAGCUGAUGCCUGCAUAGUAGGAACUAGCGGCUGCGGAAAAACCAUGCUAGUUGAAAAAGUAGCCGAAAUUCUAGACAGGGAUAUCGAAAAUAUCGUCUUGUAUCAAGAUAUGACUUCGAGGGACCUGACACAGCAGAGGACGACACUAGAAAAUGGCGACACCGUUUGGAAAUCGUCCGCCUUAGUGAGAGCUGCCAUAGAUGGUAAAAUCGCAGUUCUCGAUGGCAUCAACAGAAUUCAUCCAAGUACUCUCACAGUUUUGCAUAGAUUGGUUUCCGACAGAGAACUUCAACUUCACGAUGGCAGGCGUCUUAUAAGCAGCGAACGCUUCAAAAUCCUACAGGAUCGUUUCCGAUUAACCAAACAACAGUUGGACGAGAAGGGCAUCAUCGAAAUCCAUCCGAAUUUCAGGAUCAUCGCCAUCGGGGAACCCCCGAAACUACAGGCCGCGACAGGGAAUUGGAUGUCCCCGGAAGUGUUGAGUCUAUUCGUUUUUCACGAGAUGAGAAUGUUGAGUAAGCUGGAGGAGAUGCAUAUUAUCACAACAAAAUUCGGACCGAUACCGAAACCGAUGCAAAAAAUCAUCGACCUAGCUCACGUUUUGCGAAACAGCAAAGACCAGACCCUCAAAAACCUCUCAGGACAUCUAUCCACAAGAAAAUUGAUACGUCUAGCGGACAGACUGAAAAGCUACCCUACCAGCAACAUUUACGGUAUUAUCGAAGAAACUUUCAUGAUUCAAUUCUUACCGUCCCUCACUAGAAAAGUGCUAGAGAAAACGAUAGAAGCAGUAGGAAUAACUGUAACUGAAGAGAGCGAAGAAAAACCGAUCAAAUGUGAGAUCAAAAAUGAGGUACUAACUAUUGGGAGUACCUCAGUGCCGGUUUACAAGACCGAAAAUUUGACCAAAGUACCGGAUAUUCUCUUCUACGAUGUACCACAGCAUCUCAAGUUGAUGGAACAUUUCCUGCAAGAUUUUCAACUGGGUUAUCACUUGCUUCUAGUUGGUAACCAAGGAGUAGGGAAAAAUAAAGUAACCGAUAGAUUCCUGGAGCUACUCAACAGACCGAGAGAGUACGUCCAGCUGCACAGAGAUACCACCGUCCAAACGUUGACCACUCAGCCCACGGUCAAGGACGGUCUGCUGGUGCACGAAGACUCCCCCCUGGUCAAGGCGGUCAAAAACGGUCACGUGCUGGUCGUCGACGAGGCCGAUAAGGCCCCCACCCACGUGACCUGCAUCCUCAAGACGCUUGUGGAAUCGGGAGAGAUGGUGCUGAGCGACGGGAGAAGGAUAGUGGGGAAAAGGCCCAAGCGUCAGGGGAGGGAAGAGGAGUACAUUGAGACGCACCCGGAUUUCAGGAUCAUCGUUCUGGCGAACAGGCCCGGCUUUCCGUUCCUGGGCAACGACUUCUUCGGCGCUUUGGGCGACCUAUUCAGCUGCCACGCCGUGGAAAACCCAUCGAGGGAAUCAGAGAUGGCGCUGCUGAAGCGGUACGGCCCCGGCGUGAGGGAUGAGGUGAUCGAGAGGCUGGUGAACGUGUUCGGGGAGCUGAGGACGAUGGCCGAUCAGGGGAUCGUCAGCUAUCCGUAUUCGACCAGGGAGGUCGUCAAUAUCGUCAAACAUCUAGAGAAAUACCCCACUAACGAUUUGGAAGACGUCAUAUUCAAUGUUUUCGAUUUUGACCGAUACAGUCCCGAGAUUUUGGAGACUCUCGGGGAAAUUCUAGUCAAACAUGGAUUCUCCAGUAAAAAUAUCAUCACUUCUGAAUACAUCGCAGCUAAAAGAGCCAAAGAAAACGUUCAAGUUACCGUCAACAGAUACAGUGGCUUGGACACAAAUGAACCUAAACAUGGGAAAGAGGACCCCAAAAAUGAGCCACACGUUGGGGGUAACACUUGGGCAGGCGGGACAGGUGGAAGAGAUACGGCUGGCCUAGGGGGUAAAGGAGGGCCUUACAGGCUGGAUAAAGGUCACAAAGUUCACCAGCUUUCAGAUGAAGAGAAAAAUGCCGUACCAGAGCAUAUCAAGAAGGCAGCUAGAGAAAUGGGUAGAAAGGCGUUCCAAGAGAAGCUGAAAGAAAUUGGGAUGAGUGGUUAUGAUCACUCCUUGUAUUCACAAUUUUCCAAUUCGGUCGCCAGACAAGUGCAAUCGUUGAGAGUUAUUUUAGGGAAUUUGCAAGCCAAGAACAAAGAGAGACAGUGGUCGAGGCAUCAGACUUCAGGAGAAUUGGACGACGUCAAACUUAUCGAUGGUUUGCUCGGUGAGAAAACAAUAUUCAGGCGCAGAUCUGAGCAGGAACCCGAACUAGGAACCCCACAGAUCAAACCAAAACUGUUCAGAGUCCUUGUGGAUGUGUCUGGCAGCAUGUACAGGUUCAAUUCUUAUGACGGUCGAUUAGACAGAGAACUUGAAGCAGCCGUUUUGGUCAUGGAAGCAUUCCAAGGUUACGAGGAUAAAAUCAAAUACGAUAUAAUCGGUCACUCUGGCGACGAGUACAAUAUCGUGUUUGUACCUAGAGACAGACCUCCUACGAACAGUAAGGACAUGCUAGAAGUUAUCAGGACAAUGCAUGCCCAUUCUCAGUACUGCUACUCGGGGGAUCACACACUUGAAAGUACCGAAUGGGCAGUUUCGACGUUAGCUGAAGAAGAUUGCGAUGAAGCGAUUGUGGUGGUGCUGUCAGAUGCCAAUUUACAGAGAUACGGUAUUCACCCCUCAAAGUUGGCGCAAGCCAUGUCUGCGAAACCGAAUGUCAGCUGUUUUGCUAUAUUCAUCGGGAGUUUGGGAGAUCAAGCUGAGAGGUUGACUCAACAGUUGCCAGCUGGAAGAUCAUUUAUAUGCUAUGACACUAGUGAAUUACCACAAAUCCUUAAACAAAUUUUUUCAUCGUCAGUCCUUAAUAGUUGACAUCUCAUUAUGAUGUGAGAUUGAAAUAAUCAUCACAGAGAUUAUUUAUAUAAAUGGUGUGUAUUUAUAUUUAUAGGUAGAUACAGGAAAGUAAUAAAAUGUUUUCUAGUCUUGACAUUGUUUUGUAACAUUAUAUAUGUUGUACGCCAAAUGUUGUACGUAAACAUUAAAAGGAGGAUUCACCACUGUUA